AUGGUGGAGCAAGGCGCACGGCGUCUGCCCGCGAAGCUUCAGUUCAGCAGGGAUGCUGGUGGAGGAGAAGCGAAGGUUUCGUCGGGGUGGCUGGCUGGCAUCAGCAAGACCUUGUACCGAAAGCGCCUCAAGCAGGCUCUUCUCUUGGCCGCUAUCGACAUCCAGCUUCAGCGGGUUCGCUCGCUUCCGGUGGAGAAGCGACCGCCGCAGCGAGAGGCUCUGCGCCGUCGGCGCGCUUCGAUCCUGCAGGGAGGAAUCCAGGCAGAAGCGGUGUCAAGCCACUGGGAAGGGAUUCGGAAGGAACUGCUCGAGCGUCACGUCAUCGUGAUGAAGGGCGGCUGGCUGCAGGGCAACACCAGAAGUUUCUUCUUGCUCACAGGUGCCGACCUGAUGGUGUUCGAGAGGUUGGACAGCCAGCCGCACAAGGUGCAGCUGAGCCUUCUGGGUUCUACAGCCCGGUUGGAAGAGUCGCACAUGCAUACAGCCAAUCCUCCCUUUGAGACUGGAUUUCCUGCUAGAGUCGGCGUGACUUUGGCAACUGGGGGGCGACUCUGGCUCUAUGCACCGCGGUUCGAUCUGGCAAAGCAUUGGUACCGCACCAUCCGUUUGGUGAACCAGAUUCACGAAUCAAAGAGAGGCAAGCUCGCUUUGGAGAUUCCACUUGAGACCAUUGCCAACUAUAUGCAGACGCACUCGAGACGCCGUGCCUGGGAUGUCCUGGUGUCGUACAACAAGAUAUGGUGGGAGAGGCAUGCCUUGCUUGCGCAGUGCUCUCAAGCCUUUGCGAGCAUGACUGUCCUCCGUGGGUGGCAUAAGAUGCUCGAGGUCUACGGAGCCAGAAGCAAAGCUGCAGCUGAGGAGGAUUCUGGGCCUGGGGUCGUGCCGCAAGCGCAGGCUGUGGCACUGACCACUGACCAGUAUGAUGCCGAGCUUCUGGCCCUGCGAGAGAAGGCAAUAUCCUGGCUGCAGAGACGAGUUCGUGACCUCAUGCGAUCAGAUGCUGGGCUGAGCGCAGCUGCAAAGUCAGCAGGUCGACGGCCGGGGCCGCCUCUUGGUCACGUUCGACUGCAACGGUGCAUUCCUCUCGGUGCCUCGUUUGUCACCGGCAUCAAGCAGGGCGGUGACGGGACCAGCUCGCAGCGUGAAGGAAGAGGUCCUCGCCCCUUCUCUGCGAGCUGCUCAACACAAAACUUGGCGCCCUGCAAUGGACUUCUGUGGAUCUCCAAGUGCUGGAGCAAGCUGCAUAUUUGCCAGCGGGGUGCUUCGGACGCUCCUGCUUUUGUGCACAUCGACAGCAUCCGCUCCGUUAUCAUGCACUCAGAGCGUGUUGAUGAGUUCAAAGAGCACGCGGGCCCCUGGCUGACCGUCUAUGGGCCUCUGUUGAACAUCCACCGCGGUGUCUCCGAAAUGACGGUUCGUGAACUGGCUUCGAGUCUGCGAUCUCCUGGGAGUGACUCCCAAAGCCUUCGACUGACGGUUGCUGUUCGAGCUGGAUGGAUUCCCAAAGCAAGUAAAGGCAGCGGCACCUGCACACGUGCAGUCUUGAGCCUUCUCGGGCAGCGCGUGGUCAGUGCCAUCCAGACGGGGGAGGACGUGGACUACACGUGCGCACUGGAUCGUCACAUUGCACUGCCAGAUGACACUGAAGAGGCCUCCCAGUUCCUCGAUCUCCUGCAGGAAGCUGUUUGCAGCGUGGAUGUCAUCGAGGAGGCCCAUCCAGAUAUGCUUUUCAGCCCGGGCCGGGCCAAUACAAGAGUACUUUGUGGCAAUCGUGUAGCUCUCUGGCGGCUGCUUUCGACGCAGAGCGAGAUGCCGACGGAGAAGUCUCCUAGAUCCGCAGGACAUCGACUGCUAGGCUUCAAUAGCCUAACAACUUCGUGGCGAAUUCCUUUGUCAAGCCGCCAAGAAGAUCAAAUUGGGAAGAAGCCGUUUGUGGACAUCGAUGUGCGCUCUGAACACGUGCGAUCACAAAGCAUUGCAUCAAAGCCGAGAGUCGUGUCACCCGAGCAGUGUGCCGCUGUGGCGUCGUCGCCUCCCUUCGGCUGCCUUGGUGUUGCAGCGCCGGCUGGCGACAUGGAGCAACCUGAGAAGCUGAAACCGCACUUCUUGCAAAUACGGCUGGGUGAGCUAAAAGCGGGGAUCAUGGCUAAGCCGGAGGACGUCCGAAUAGAGCUUCGUUGCGCUGGUCUCAAGGUCUUUUCCUUGCCGGCUGGCGAGCCGUGCUUGCUCGAAGCAAAAGGCUUUAUGUCCUUCAACGGGGAGAAACUGCUGCUCCCACUACCGCCCGAGGUGGUAGACACAUCCGGACAGCUUCCACCGGUAUACCUCUUGGUCAAAUGCGCGAAGAGCAAGGAUGUCCCACAACCGAUGAAUUUCCACGAUAUGCUGAAGCUUUCCGGACGCGCUGUCCAGAAGCACACGCCUGAGGUAUCUAUUCUGCAUGCCAAGCUUCUGCUUGAAAAUUUAGACUUCGACGAUGCGAGCCAUCUUCGGCCACUCGCUUUGUGCGAAGUGACGGAAUCUCCGCACUCAUCUGUGCUUUCACAGCUGAAGGAUACAGCCCUCCCGGCACACGUGCCGUCGCUGUCAGUUGCUGCGUGCCUUCGAGAUGAUCUUCCACAGAUCAAUGCGGAGCAAGGUGGUAGGGUUUAUGUUGGCGAUGCAGGGACUAUAUCGGUGGAAGAGGUGCUGACAUACCCUCGCAGUGAAGCAGAGUUUCGCGACAGAUUGGCUGAUGGCCGCUGGGACGAGCAGCGGAUCGGCGUUGAAGGAAUUCCUCUCCGCUGGCCGCGCACAGCCGUCGAGCUCGCCCAGUCGCGGUUACCACCAGAUACAAAAACGCUCGUGAAGCUGCUGCGGAAGCCGCCGGUCUUCGAGAAGUGGCCACGAGCUGAAGCAGUUCCUCCGAAAUUCGCGGUGGCAGCAGAUGAGAACGAGUGCGACUUUCGUCGGCGGCAGCUGCCGGCGACUUGGUCCAGGGUGCAGGACUUGGCACAGCAGGAGGCCUCAGCCGCAACACCAAGCAGCCCAUCAAAGCCAGGGCCGCUGAGGCAGAAGACCCUUCUUGUCCAGGAGUUAACACACGCUCUCCGGGAAAUCGUCGUCACUGUCUUGGCUGUGUACAACGAUGGCACCUGUGACGUGGAGCUGUCCCCUGCCUUUGUGCGGAAUUGGAAGGGCUGCGCACAUCGGCGCUACCGCCUGCCAGGGGCAGUCCUGGCGACACCUUGCACUGCCAUCUACGAGCCAGACGUGGAGUCGCAUCGCGUGGUCUUGCAAAGCCUGCCUGUGACCUCCAUCAAGGCAGAGCAGUCAGCUGGCUUCCAUGUCUACGAUGCUGCUGUCUUGAAGUCGCAAGAUGCGGUGGCGGCGUCACUCCGUGGCACCGCCGAGGUCAUCGGCGGCCCAGUUCCUCUCGAUGCUCUGGAGGAGGUCUGCCGGCACGAAUGGAAAAUGCACCUGCGUGCCGACAGCGAGGAGGACAUGAAGAGGUUGGUUGCCGACCUUCGGCAGUCUGUGAGGAUGCAUCAGCAGGCCAGGACAGCUGGUGGCAUCUCACUCACAGCCACAGGCCAACCGGUGCCCAAGGGCAGUGGCCAGCUUGAAGUGCUUCUCGUUCGUGCCAAGAAUCUAAUGCCCAGGACUGGAGGAUGCACAGAGGUGGCGAACUCCCUAGAUGCUUUGGCGGCAGGAAGGCCGAUCCUGCAGGUCAUGGGAGAGUUGCUCCGGCCUGCGAAGAACCUGGAGAUCUUUGUCCGUCUCCGCAUCCUCGAUGACGCAGAGGUCCUUUCCAUGGAUGGGCACCAGUGCUUCGACUCCCCAACACGGGAGGGUUCAGCAAGCCCCAGCUGGAGUGGACUUGACCACGGAGGCCAGCACGACGGCUGGGUCUUCCGUAGCCAGAUCUUCCUACCCGAAAGGAUGCCGAACUUGUGGCUGGAGCUGGAAGUCAUAAACAUCGGAAUUGCCGGCGAAGAGCUUGUGGGCAGGGUCAAAGUUCCCAUCACGAAGAAGAACUUUCUCACCAAUGUCAAGGCGCCUUUCAGGAAUCUUUGGCUGCCCUUAGCCUUGCCUUUGCCAGAUGCCGAUGGGAAGUGGCGGGUCACAGAGUGUGGAGACGUUCAGAUCAUGACAAUGUGGAAGCCCAUAGACAGCGACAAUCCACAAGGCCAGCUCUCCGGUGCCUCCACUUCAUCCUCCUCAUCCAUGAGCUACCUGAAGGCGUAUCUCCGGGGCGAGCUGGAAGCGGCCGAGGGCGGUGCUCGGUGCAUACGAACUUGCGGAAGCGAUGGCGAAAUUUCCGGAAGUGAUCUUGCGCUGAUCCUGGAGCCUGCAGGCUACAACCCGAACCUGGCUGAUUGCCAGGGAUCUGCUGAGGAGGCCGCGCUCGAGCGUGCCGUCUCGAUGGCUAUGCUGCAGCCUCGCCUUCAAUGUCAGGAAGAGCGGAGCCUCCAUAGCUGGAGAGCUUUCCGAAACAAGCUGAAGUCUGCCGGUUUGGCCAAGGCCCCCUUGGCGGAGCUCAGACUCUACCGAGCUGGCGUGGGUGAGGCAAGUUGGGAAGAGCAGCUGAAGGCCUUGCUCCGCGCUGGGGUCCCGGACAAGUACAGAUCGCAGGUCUGGCUGGAUCUGUCAAUGGCGGCACGCUCUCGUGCAGAGUGGCCGGAAGGCAGCUACAAUGCUUUCCUUGACUGUGGGAAGCAGCUGGUCAACGCAUCCGUGCAGCAGUUGCAGCAGGACAGCCUGACAGCGUUGGAUUGGGAACCUUCACAGGAUCCAGCAGCUGUGGAAGCGCACCGACAGCUUCUUCAGAAGGCCCGCAGUGUCUGCUUGGCACUCAUUGGCUUCUCCUCCGAGUCUGCGGAAGAGGGUGCAGGUAUCGCUUACACAGAGAGUUUGCUGGAAAUUGCUUGUCACCUACUCUCGGGCAAGAAGGCGAGUCUCUCAGAGCAAGAUCUUUUCUGGCUUCUCCACGCACUGGCCUACUCCAACUCGAACGGAGCUUUUCGGGAUUACUUCUCCUCCACAGCUCCUGGGGACGGCGUGAACUCGGCUUUGGGUAUGGCGGAGGACACGUUGCUUCUGGAUUGUGCACUGGCUAUUCACGAGCCCUUGGUGCGACGACGCCUGGUGAUGCUGGGGAUUCCCACAUCGGCACUCUUCUGGACGUACUUCGGCCGGCUCUUUGCAGGGGUACUGCCCAAGGCCUCCUUCUGGCGGCUGAUGGACGUGUUGGUCGGGGAGUCGGCCGACCCGGAGGCUUGCCCACAUGGGCGCCACGUGUUGGUGGACCUUUCCUUCGGAAUCCUCCAAGGUGCCCGAGAUGGCAUCUGUGCCUGCAACUCUGCGCUCGAGGUCACGUCUCUCGUCCGAGCUAGACUCGCCUCUUUGCUUGACCCAGAGGACUUGAUGGACAUCCUUGUUCAAGCCGAGGCCUUUCUUUGGCAAGGUUUCAGCCGACAUGAGGUCCUGAGUAUGUGGAGCGCUGCGUCUCAGGAGUUCACAAGGUUCUGUCGCCAACGGCAGCGGCAGGACACCGUCGUUCGGCAGCUGCAUGCCUUGAGCCCAUUGAAGCCUCUCGGCGAGUCUUUGGAUGCUGCGCCAAGGCAACUGACGACGCACCUUGUCAUUCAAUCGGUGGUGCCAACGAUGCAGAAAGCCUUGCUGCUUGACACCAACUGUGCGCGUGCGGCCCUGCGACAGCUCCCAGAGGAGCUGUUGAGCAUCGUCCUGGGUCCGAUGGUGGACCCUUCGGCCCAGGAUGGGAAGAGCGUCGCGCAGAUCGCUUCCAUGGUCAUGUCCUCUGCGCUGGGCCUGUGCGGUCGGCCCGGUGCCGCCGCUGAGCUGCCCGACGUGCGGCCCUGGAAUUGCUUGGGUUCCCCAGCAGAGCCAGAGUCCUUGACGUCAGAAAGGUUCUCUGCAGCGCUGACGGAGCACUUUCCAGGCUGGAGCGAGAAGGCCGAGGAGCUCUUUGCAGCAUUUCGCUGGGAUGCAUGGGCAUCGGAAGCAGUCUUCGAAAAUCACAUGAGCCUGAACGAGUUCUUCCUUGUCCUCAUCUGCUGCUCUCAAGGCAGUGUGACCGAGAAGGCUUCGGCCUUCUUCGAGUUGUUCGCAGGGCCCGCCAGGCCGGAUGCCGUGGAGUCCUACCCCCACCGGAUUCCCAUCUCGCGGGUGGCUGAGCUGGCCGGUGGUCCACAGGAAGAGGAGGCCUUAGCAGCCUUGGGCCGGGUGUGUGGGUCCCUCCCACCGCCACGGGAUUCACCUGCACUGGAGAUUGAGGUCUGGGCAAACGAAUACGGAGAGCUGGCCGGACGAGCUUUCGUCCGCUCCUUGUGGCCGUUUGUUCGGUCAAGCCCUCUGCUCCAAGAGCGAGAGCUCCUUCGCGCAGGUUCUGCGUUCUACAUCUGGGCGGAGGAGGGCGAGGGAAAGACCCCGCGCUGCGUGGGAGAACUUCGCUUGGGCAUCUCUUGGACUCCCAGGAACAAGCAGUACCCAGCCAUCGGGACGUUGGUUCUCUGCGCCGGCGGCUUGAAGCUCUUCAGUGCGGAGCGGCUUUCAAGGCCUUGGAUGCGUGCAGUCGUCUAUGGCGAGGAUGGGCAUCGAAGAUUUCCGGUCCUUCGUGGACAUCAGAGCAUGGGUCAGAAGGAUGGUUUGCUGCCAAAGUGGGCACAGGACUCGUUUGCAGCCUCGAUGACCUGGACACAGGAGGCUGCGCGCUGGAAUGGGGACAGACAAGAGUGGAACUGGGUGUCCCCUGCAAACAUUCUGUCCUCAACAGAUGAUCUGAAGGUAUCUGGCGGCACGGUCCUGCCACCCCAACGACCAGGCAGCCAAAAGGUGGUCACGCUGCAGAGCUGCCGUUUGAUCUCUGAUGUGUUGCUCAGGAGAGGCUGUGCAUAUCUCUCAAGCCGCCAAGUGGCUCAGAUUGCUGACCGCUGCUUUCACAGAGAUGGCAUAUGUGCCGCUCUCCUGGAAGCCCUGUUGGUGGAGGGUCAGGAGGUGCCUUCAUGCGGCAUUUCGCGAGAGUACUGCGAGGAGCAUGGACGAGGAUAUGUGGACGUCAACACAUCCAUAUUGAUGGAGUUGGAGAAGCAGAUCUUUGAAUGUGAAGGCAGCCUGAACCUUUGGGAAACUGCCUUUGUGACCGCGGGCGGGGCCUCUCUGCAAACUCUGGAGAUGACGGACCCGUUUCCGGAGUGCAACAAGCUGCUAUGUCUCCGCUACGUCCGUGCCGGAGACGGGGAACGGCUUCAAAUCACUCUGAAGGUUGGCAUGGACGGCCAAGUCAGCGCGGACCAGGUCCUCAUGGACUCAUCUUCUUACGAGUCGCUGGCGCUGAGCAAGAAGGAGUUUAUCUCUUGCAUCCAAGCUUCGCCCUUGCUGAGCGAGCCUUUGCGAUGCUCAGCGCUUCAUGCCCCUGCGACUGCCACCGAAGCUCAAGGAGCUGAUCUUGUCCAAGACGGCUUUCGAAGGACAAGGAGUCCGCUGAUGGGUUCCAUCGUGGGACUGCUGGGAAGCGUAGGAAAGGCAGACGCUUUGGCUCUCGAUGUUCUCGUGGCAGACAACACAUCUUCGGGCAGUCCUUCUGCGAAGAACAGAGGAUUGCCCCUGCUGUUUGGAGAUCUUCUGAACCAAGCAGGAGCCACAAAGACACCAAGAUUGGCACUUGAAACGGCCAUGGAUGGCGGAGGCCAUGGCGUGAAGGUGUUUUUGAACGACACGUUUCGAGACUUCCUGGCGAAAGUCCAAGAGGCUUGCUCCAAGCUCGGGAGAACCCUUUCAAGCCAGCGGGUGGUGCAGGUGCUGGAAUCGGCCAAGAGAUACAAGAGUGUUAGCAUAGGCCCGGAGCAUCAGGUCUUCGCGUUUCUGCCCCCGGUGAACCACGACCCGAAGGAUGGUCUGGGAGCUCUAAUGGGUGCCCUUGCCGACCACGCCAGCUGGUUUCCAUUGGACAAGGACCUGACUUUUCUCGACUAUGUCACAGCUUUCUCCCGUUACAAAUCCAUGCCGCCGUUUCUCAGGGUGGUACGGGCCGAGGAGAUCAGCUCCGAGGGCGCAAACGAGCACAGCCGGCCGGUCACAGGCCCGUCUCGCUGGAGGCAAAGUUGGCGCUUGCACCAACACCAAGACCUCUCACAGGAGUGGAGGUAA